CGUGAUUUGAGGGCGAGAAAGAAACUAGUUUAAGCACACACACUGUUCUCGUCGCUGGGAACCAACCAACAAAAGGAGUUCCAUAAUUUUUGUUCUUCCAAUCUCAUUUUCUUUCCAAAUUCCUUCACUUUUUUCCGUUCCUUUUAUCUAUUAAUUCCAGCAAAUUGUCUUCUUUCUUUUCACUAUCUUUACCUUCUUUAUAGUGUGUAUAUAUAUUCUUUGUCAUAUCUGGAGGAGGAAAAAGAAAUGAGAACGGGAAAGGGAAGUCAAGAGGAGGAAGAGUACGAGGAAGAAGAAUUUGGUUCCAAAAAAGGAGGCUUUUCUUCAAAUCAAACUAUGUCUUUCAACCCCAACAACAAUAGCACCACCAACAAAGAUGGGAAAAACAAUGAUAAGGCUAACGCUAUACGUUCAAAACAUUCUGUCACGGAGCAGAGGCGGAGGAGUAAGAUUAAUGAAAGAUUUCAAAGAUUGAGAGAUUUAAUACCAAACACUGAUCAAAAGAGAGAUACGGCUUCGUUCCUGCUAGAGGUGAUAGAGUAUGUUCAAUAUUUACAGGAGAAGGUUCAAAAAUAUGAGGAUUCAUACCAGGGAUGGAGUUCUGAGCCGGCGAAACUAAUGCCAUGGAGAAAUAGUCACUGGCAUGUUCAGAGUCUCGUUGGUCACCCACAAGCUAUUAAAAACGGUUCUGGCCCAGGGGCAACAUUUGCUCGGAAGUUUGAUGAGAAUAACACCAAUAUUAACCCCACGGUGAUCACAAGUGGGCCGAAUGCUGUAGAAACUGAUCCAAUCAGAUAUGUUACAUCCAAAACUAUGGAUUGCCAAACUGAGUUGGCAAACAACGGAACCCAUCUGCCCAUCCAAGGUGAGAAUGUGCUUGUGCAUCCCCUUCAGAGACCAGUCUCUGAGACUCAAUCGACUGAGUGUCUUGUUGGCAAUGAUAUACCGAUCAAUCAACAGGAGGAUCUGACUAUUGAAGGAGGAACAAUUAGCAUCUCUAGUGUCUACUCUCAAGGCUUAUUGAGCGCUCUGGCACAAGCACUUCAAGGCUCAGGUUUGGAUUUGUCACAGGCCAACAUGUCAGUGCAGAUUGAUCUUGGAAAACAUGCAAAUAGAGGGCUAUCUGCUAAGGAACCACAUAAUUGCCCCCAUCAGGCGAUGACCCAUCUUAGAGAUGUGAGCAGUGGAGAGGAUUCUGAUAAUGCUCAAAAGCGACUGAAGAAAUAAGACCGGCACCUGGGUUCCAUAAAAGUUCAUUUCAACUCGGUUAUCCCACCUGAUCUUUCUUUCCUGUUUCAUCUUGGUUUCAUUUGGUUAUUGUAUAUGCUGCAGUUUUGGUUCUUUUCUAGAGGUCCAAGUAUCGAUCAUUGUUUGUCGUAAGAGUAGUCCCCCUUAGAUUAUGUGUAUUUUCAUGGGGGUGGUUCAUUAGAAUUCUGUUAAGGUGAUGUCAAGGCGUUUACCUUUUUUUUAUCAUGGAUGUAUCAUACAUUUUGAUAUAAAUAGCUACAUAAUGGAUCAAAACAAAAAAAGUAGUAUUACUGUUUGAUUGAUCUUUCAAGUCCUAAAA